GAAAAGCUCCAUUAUAUUGGUGUAUCUUUUGGGCUUACUCUGGAUCUUUUCCGCUUUUGGAGGAAACACAAUUUUUCUCCGUUCUUCAUUGGCUCCAUUCCCAGUAAUGUCACUGGUGAACACUCGUGCAUGGUUCUGAAACCAUUGAAUAAUGAUGAUAUUGAAACUAGUGGAUCAGAUCCGAUGGGAUUUAUUCGGCCUUUUUACCAAGGUUUCAGGCAUAUUUUCAUUCGACUACUGUCGACUACCUUCCGACAAAUGGAAUACAAGCUUGCGAUGAGUAUUUUGGAUCCCAAGCUAAACUUCUCGGAUCUGGUGGACCCUACCUUGUCCUCUUCCAAUGGUUUUUUAAUUUCAGACCCCCAUCUUAUGAUGCGACUGGAAGCAUAUGUAAACAAUCUAGCCAACUACGAGAAGGUAAUGUGUCAUCAAUGUUUAAUAUACUUUUGCUGUGUAUGAUCUUGAAUGUAUCAG